AUGGCCUCCCACGAUGACGAAACCAUGCCCGAGGAGACUCAGGGCUACAAGCUCUCUCAGCCCAAGCAGAGCAUAGCCGAGUACCACCAGAUGGACGCCGGAGAUGAGUCUCUCCAGCGGUACAAGCAGUCCCUCGGCCUCGGCGGCGGCAAGGACCUCUCCGACCCCAACGACCCCCGCGUCUGCAUCAUCCUGUCCCUGACCAUGGACUCCCCCGGCCGCGACCCCGUCACCAUCGACCUCUCCUCCGCCGGCAGCGAGACCACGCUCAAGGACAAGCCCUUCAAGAUCAAGGAGGGCGCCAAGUUCACCAUGAGCGCCGAGUUCAAGGUCCAGCACGAGAUCCUCAGCGGCCUGCACUACGUCCAGGUCGUCAAGCGCAAGGGCGUCCGCGUCUCCAAGGACUCGGAGAUGAUUGGAAGCUAUGCUCCCAACACCGACAAGCAGCCCACCUAUGUCAAAAAGUUCCAAGAGGAGGAGGCUCCCUCCGGCAUGCUCGCCCGAGGCCACUACAACGCCAUCUCGAGCUUCGUCGACGACGACAAGAAGAAGCACCUCGAGUUUGAGUGGAGUUUCGAUAUCAGCAAGGAUUGGUAG